AUGAAGGCCACCAUCUGUGGCGCCCUGCUUGCGCUCUCGACGCUCCCUCUGCUUCCCACCCCCGCCUCGGCAUCCCGGACGCUCAAGAUCAGCCACCAGCCCAUCGAGGGCCUGGUCAACGAAGACGGCAGCAUCAUCCACUAUGACUUCCUCAACCAGCGCUUCACCGAACAGGAGGCCUCCGAGAUCGACUUCAGGCGUCGCAAGCGAGACCUCUCGGGUGCCGGCUCCAAGCGCUCCCAGCGAGAGUGCCGCGACACCAAGCAGCAGUCCGACAAGUCGGGCCGCCACCACAGCCUCAUCGGCGGGGUCCUCGGCGGCGUGGGUGGCCUGGUCGGCGGCGUCCUCGGCGGUGUCGGACACGUCGUCGACGGCGUAAAGGACGGCCUCACCCACUACGUCGAAAACGGCUGGAUGCACGACCACAAGUUUGGCAUCGUCAUCGCAAAGGCCGAAAACGAGGCGGCCGACAACGAGUUCCUCGUCGACGUCAGCUUCGGCACGCCCGGCCAGACGCUCCAGAUGGUCCUCGACACGGGCAGCCCCGAGGCGUGGGUCUACAGCCCCGUCUGCUGCUACGGCAACAACCACUCGUCGUUUGACCCGGCCCAGUCGUUGACCUACCUCAACCGCACCGUCGUCGACGGCAAGGCCGUCCCCGCGCCUCCCGGCACCCCGGGCCAGGACUUUAACGUGGCCUACAGCAGCGGUUCGGCCACGCGCGGCUACGUCGGCCUCGACACCUUCGCCUUCGAGAAGGGCAAGUUCAGGGUCGAUGGCCUGCCGCUCGCGCUCGCCACCAACCUCACCGGCAGCCGCCGCGGCCGCCAGAUGGACGGCCUCAUUGGGCUGGCCACGGGCAGCGGCACCCAGGUGCCCGGUGGCUGGACGACGGCAUUUGAGGCCAUGUCGCAGCGCGGCAUGCUCGACGAGACCUACCUCACCGCCACGCUCGUCAAGUCGGACCGCAAGACGGGCCGCAACGGCGGCGGCCAGUACGUCUUUGGCGAGGUCGACAAGACGCUGCUCAAGGGCGACGUGACGUGGUCCAAGGUGCUCUCGGCCUUCUUCUGGGCGGGCUACGUGUCCAAGAUCAACAUCGACGGCCUCGUACUCGCCGAGGGGCAGGGCAACGCCACCAACCCGAUCCGCUUCCUCGUCGACACGGGCUCGGCCACGAUUUCGAUGCCGCCGGUCAUGGCCAAGGCCGCCAACGCCCAGAUCUACGGCAGCUACAAGACCGACUCGAAGAAGGUGCAGCUGCCCUGGCUCGUGCCCUGCGACACCGGGCUGAAGAAGUACGAGGCCAAGCUGCCAAAGGGGCAGCGCAACAAGGCGCUCGAGAUUACGUUUGGCACCGAGGCCUUUUCGCUGCCCAUCGAGGACUACGUCUUUUUCCCGCAGUAUCCCGUCCCCGCCUCCGAGGCGGGCGGGCGCGAAAACAUGUGCUACAGCGCCAUCCAGGAGGGCCUGUCGAGCUUCACGCUCCUCGGCCUCAGCUGGAUCAAGAACCACGUCGUCGUCUUUGACCAGGGCGGACCGUCGCUCUCGGAGCGCCGCGUCGGCUUCGGAAAGCGAAGGGACGUCAAGUACGACGUCUAG